GUUGUUUUCCCUUUUCGAGCAAAACAAUUUAAAAUUUGGAAAGAAUAAUUAAUAAAGUCUAUUUAAAAUCGCGUUUCGUGGAUAAAAUUGUGUAUUUUUGUAGUUGAGUGCUCUAAGCGCUCGAUUAACAUUACUAGGUCACUUUUAGGGUCUUUUUGGGUUUCUUUUUCAGGUUUUUUUCUCAACUUAAAAUUUUUGUUCCUUUAAAAUAUUUUUUUUUUCUCAAAAAUUAUCGAAAUAUCAUUCAAAAAUUAAUUAAUGUGUGAUUAAAAUCGUGUAAUAUAAAUGAUAAAAUAAAACGACAUUCAUCAUGAAUAUGCAAACAAUCCAGAACGAUGCUGAUCUACAAUUAUUAUAUGCUCCACUUUUACUGUAUCUCAAGCCAUUGGCAAACUUGACAAUAUCUAUCAAUCUUCCUGCAAAUGUGACUGGAAAGACUAUAAGUAACUUUGAAGUUAUGGAUAAACUUCGUCAAAUGAUUCUUCCAGAUACAUUUUCAUUGCUCAAGGUAUCUAAAACAACUCUUGAGCUUCUUCGAUUCGAUGCUGAACUGGAUGAUCGUCAUAAGUUGAAGCAUGUAAUAGCUAGACUUGAUGGCAGACAAAUUAAGCUCACUGGAUUCACUGAAUAUGUAAAAGUUCGGUCAUUUGAAUCCAGAAGUCCAUUUCCAACAAAACAUGAUUGGGAUUCAUUCUUUCGUGAUGCUAAAAAUAUGGAUGAAAUGCACGCAGGCGAAAGACCAGACACAAUUUACAUAUCUAAUCUCCCAAUCCGAUGGUUCUGCCCUAGACAUCAUGAAAAUGAUGAUCAAGUUAAGCCUAGCGAAGUGCUAUUUAAGAGAAUCUUCGAGAAAUUCGGUGAAGUAAGGAUAGUAGAUAUUCCAAUCUGUGAUCCUUACCGUGAUCAAAUGAAGUCUGGCUUAACAGGACUUAAGAAUUUCGCAUUCGACAAUGAAACAUACUUUGAAGGAUACGUCCAGUUCGCAGAAUACUCAUCAUUUGUCAGGUGUAUGGAUGAAUUUAGAGCAAUGAAGCUAGUGCGAAAAGAUAAGGACAAAUUAGUCGCUGUCAAUAUAGAAGUUAAUUUUGAUAAGACUAAGCAUUUAAGUGAUGUGAGCAUUAGGAGACGAAAAGUUAUUCGUGAGAGAUUUAUGGAAAAAGAUAAGCAAAAAGCUGACGAAGAAGAAAAGAAAUUGCGUGCUGAACAAGAGAAACGUGAUAAAGAAAAGCAGAAAGAAGAGGUUCGUAAACAAAUUCAGGCAGAACGUAGAAAGCAACGCGAGGAAAGAAGAAAACAGAAGAACAUUAAGAAAAUCACAGAAUCUGAAAGUAGCGAUUUAACGAAGAAAAUCAUCAAGGAACAAAAAAAGCUUUUAAAAGCUCAACGAAAAAUGGAAAGUAUUCGUCUGCUGGAAGCACUUUUUGAUCGAAUCAAAUCAAAGUUUCCAGCAGAUGAUGUUAACGGUCCAACAAAAGGUUUUAAAGGUUUUGAUCUGCGCAAUAAACUAAAGAAAAAGAAGUCAAAGAAUAAAGAUUCAAAGAGUGAUGAUGACGGAUCACAAAGUGCUAGUAGUGUUAGUUCCAAUGAAAGUAGAAAGAAGUCAAAGAAACGUCGUGACUCGUCCAGUUCUGCAAGUUCAAGCUCAUCUGAUGAUGAAUCGAAUGGUCAUAAAAGCCGUUCUAAAUCAUCAUCAUUAAUGAAGCCUCAUCCCAAUAACAUGUAUUCGUCUGGAUGGAUGCCUAAUCCAGAUACAGGUGAGUGGUUUCCAGCACAAUAUAUGUACACACCAUUUUUCCCUGGAAUGGCACCUAUGCGACCCUAUUUUAAUCCGAAUUAUCGUGGAAAUUAUCCAAGACGUGGACGUGGAAGAGGUCGUGGAUAUUACAACAAUGAAACUAGCAGAUAUCAUCGGCGAUCCGAUGAUGAUUAUUAUAAUGAACAUGAUGAUAGACGUUCAUACUCGAGAUCUCCUAGACGUCGAUCUUAUUCAAGGAGUAAAAGCCGUACCAGAACACGUCGUCGACGAUCAUACUCAAGAAGUCGAAGCCGCUCAAGUCGUUCACGUUCAAAUCACAGACGCUCAAGAUCUCAUUCCUCACGAUCUCGUUCACAUUCAAAGUCAGAUCGUCUUCAAAGAAGCAUUUCAAAGCCAAAAUUGGUCACAACAUUAAGAGAUGGCAAUACAAAGAAAACUCCACCAACUAGACAAAAUGAUUCACGUUCAAGAUCUGGUUCUGGAUGGUCAUCAGACAAUGACAAUCAUAAAAGAAAGAAACGACGAACUUGGUCACGUGAAGCAUCUCCGUCUAAAGGUGGAAUAGAGACAAAUAAACUAAUGAAAAGUGCUCGCGAUAUUCAACGUCAUGUACAGCAGAAAUUAAAAGAGCAGCAAGAAGCUGAAGAGAGAAAAAUGAAGGAACAGGAAAAGCAAUUAGAAGUUGAGGCUGAAGAAAUUGAGAGACGAAUGGAGAAAGAGGCAAAUGGCAUUGAAAGUCCACAAAGUGACAAAAAUGAUCAACAAUCAGCUAAGACUCCAGAACUGUACACGCCACCACCUCAAGAAACAUUUACUCCAGAAAUCACGGCAUGAAUAAGUUUUAUUGCUGUUUUAUAACAAUUUUUUAUUAAUUUUAAAGUAGUAGACUCUUCAGAAGAAAAAGAAGAAGAAUAAAAACUAAGUUCAACUAAUAAUAAUUUUCAAGACGUACAAUUCAAGAAUCUAUAUGCUAAUUGAAUCCAAUGAAAAGUUUUAGGAGUAGAAGGUAAGUACUGAUGAUUGAUUUCCUCUAACAAGCAAUAUCGGAGGCAUAUCCGAAGUGAGCAUUUCUAGCCAGGACAUGUAAAGAGGUGCUGACACAGUUCCCUAAAAAAAUAACUCAAAUUUACUUAAUAAAUUCUCAACAUUAAUGAAUUUUUGAUUACCUGACGAGGCAUUGGCAAUGACAUGACAAUCAAUGAUGCCUGACUGGAAUGUUUCAUUAACAUUUCACGCAAUCUAAGAUGUCUGUAGGUUUUAUCUUCAAGUUGUUUGAAUUCCGUCAUUGUAACUGGAUUAUGUUCAUUUUGGCCUUCGAAAAAUCCAUUAAGUAAGUUCUGAUGCAUUCUAAUUGUCUCAUCUUUUGGUCUGUCAGUAAUUCCUUGAAGCAUUGUCAAGGAUGAGUAGUCAAUACGAAGUUUAGAAAGGAGUAAACUUACUUUCGUUCCUCAACUUCCAACUCAUGCUGUCUACUUGACAGUGCAAAUACUCUAAUUUUACAGUUUGUCCAAUUUGAACGAGUUGAGAUGAUGUAAGGUAGAAGCAUAGUCAAUCCACCAUCAUCAUAAAGCCACCAAACAUCAAUAGUUCCUUUCUGCUGCUUAAUAUUGAAAACAUUCAUUGCAUCCAUAACGUCUUUUGGAAUUGUAGUUCCACCUUGAGUAGCAUAAUUAAUCUCGCUAGAUGACAUUUGGCUUUGUUGCUUUUGGAGAUUUGGGAGGGGAGCUGGAGAUAUUUAAUGGUUGAUUAUUUAGAAGAAGUCUUAAAUGACAUCAAACUUUACCUUUUUGUGGAGUAUUAAUAGAUGAUGUGCUUGAUACCAUUCCUUCCAAAUUCAAAUUAGAAUCAACAUGCAUAAAUCUCGAAGUCUUAAUUUCUGGUGAAGUCUCAACAUCAGUUGAAAAGUUGACUGAUGUACUAUGUAGGAAGUUGUUACUUUCCUUAUACUGUGGGACGUAUUGUGCAAAAUCGAUUCCUGAUGGUAAGCUCAACAAUGCGACUGCUGAACGGCAAUCAAAUGCGGUACUAAAAUUAACAAAAUAUAAAAUUCACAAAUCAGUGGAAAGUCAUCAACAUUAAUCUUUCAAUCAAACUUACUGCAAACUGUUGAAGUAUGUUUGUAAAUCUCCGGGACUGGAUGUUCUCCAGUCAGCUUUGUAGCCCAUAAGUACGAUAUUGACUUGUAAUUUACCAAAACCACUUGCUUGGACCAAAGAUCGAACACCAUCCUCAAAAACAACGCUGUCAACAAGAUUGUAGAAUCCUUUGAUCUUUCUUGCAUUAAGCCAUUUCUGUGCAUCAUUGAUCAUUUCAUUGCGACGACGAUAUGAAAUCUUUUCUCUAACAACAUCACCUACUAUCAUUAAUGAAUGAUUCUUUGUGAUCAAGUGAGCCAAAUCAACCAAAGGUGGUCGAACAUGAGGACUUCCAGCAAGAACCAAAACUUGUGGAUGGUAAUUCUUAAUGUGAUCGCUAACUCGUUGUAAUCUAAGAGCUGCUGAAAGAGCUGUUUUGUAUGUUUGCUCUUGUGUACUGCUUCCCCAAUUAACAUCAGGUUUUCGAUACAUGACAAGUAAAUACAGAAGGAAUAUGAUGAUAAAGGUGAUGAGUGAAAAGAACCAAGACAGUAAAAACAUGAUGACGACACAAAGCAUACAUCCAAACAAGCUUAACCAUGCAUUAUAAUACUAAAUGGAAGAGAAAAUAUGAAGUUUAUAAAAAAGCAAAUCUAUUGACAAAUUUUAUAUUUGCUGAAAAAAUUAUAACUUACUCUGAACGUCGGACGCCAUCCAAGUGGUUGAACAAAGGCGGCAUGGAAUGUACAGAAGUUAAUAAGUGCAUAAGCGGCAAGAUAAAAGUUUGAAAUCAAUGGAGCAACAGCAUUCAGAUCAGCAAUUAAAAGGAAUAUAGCUGAGAGAACAAAUACAAGAACAUAUCCUCUGUAGGGCUCGCCAUUCUUGCCGUAAGGCUUUGAGAAGAAGAAAAGUCCAGGAUAGAUUCGAUCGACACCCAAUGCUUGAACUAAGCGUGGCACUGAAAGAAGAUUUGUGAGGGCUGUACUUAAUGUAGCGGCCCAACAUCCAGCGUAAAUAAGACCACCCCAAAUAGACAUAAGUUGCAUAACUGAGUAGCUGUUUUGAAGUCCAUAUUCGCAUGUCUGAAAAAAGGAUUCUUGUUAAUAAUUAUAUGCCUAUUAAAAUUCAAGGGAACUUACAUUAUUAGCCAUGCAUUCGAAUUGCAGCACCAGCAAAAAUGGCAAAUAAUACAUAAGAAAUUGUUGAAAUCAAUAAUGCAAGCAAUGUUCCUUUUGGAAUAGCUGCAGCUGGUUCUUUCAAAUCACCGCAAAUAUUAGCACCAGCUUGUAUGCCCGUCACUGAAGGAAAGUAAAUAGCGAAUACUGUAAGUAAGUUUUGAUUCAAUCCUUCACUAAAUCUAAAGUCUGGCUUUAAAUUUGAUUUCAAUACUUCCAUUGAAAAGCCAUUGAAUCCCUUCGCUACAUCUACGGAUGAUCUUGGUCCCAUCAAUGCGCCAAUCAUAAAAUCAAAUAUAGCACCAACAAUUAUCACGACUAAAACAUUUUGUGCUUUCACCUCCCAUUCCAUACCGACAGCACAAAUGAUAAUCAUAAUAACCAAUGCAACCAUUCCAACAAUUCUGACGUCGUUAACGCCUCCAUCGACGAUUUUUAAUCCAUGAUUUUUUAAAAGAUCAUUUAAUGAUUCACAAAAACCUAUCGUAUUCAUAGCAGCCGCUACUGCAUUAGCAAAGGCAAAAACAACUCCAACAGAAGCGCCGAAUUCUGGUCCUAGUGAUCGAGAAAUGAUGUAGUAAAUUCCACCUCCUUUAACUUCACCAUUUGUUGAAAUAGCUGAUAAAGAUGAUACAGUAAUAAGGCAAACGAUAGUCGAAAUUCCAAUGAUUCCAAGUGUUGUAAGAACUCCAGCUUGUCCAACAACCCAUGACAAACGCAAGAAGAGCAUAACUCCCCAUAUGUUGAGUAAGCAUGGAAUUAAAACACCUUGAAUCCAUCCUAAUUUAAAAUGUCCAUGUCCAGUCGUUGCAUUAUCAUCUCCCUCUGCUUCAUC